UUAAUAGUAUAACUAAAAUUUUGCAUUUGUACUUUACACGGCACGGCACUAAAAGACACUGCGUUCUAAAUCCCAAAAUUCAGAAGCGGGAAACAAAAGAAGCCCAUUUUAUUCGUCAAGAGACAAAUUAAAAAAGAAAAAAAAAUUCAAACUCGCUCCUCGUUGGUUCAUUCAAAACCACACGGAUCGCCCCCAAGUAAUCUUCAACGGUCGAUAAUUUCUCAAUCUAACGGUUCUCGUUGCCCUCUCGCUCCACUCCACUUCUUACAAAACCACCGCUAUAAAGUACACAAACCUGGCGUUACAUGCCCAUAUUCUCUCGUGAAUUCCAAUUAAUAUAGUAUUGCUUUAAAGUUAAGAAUUUAAUUUCAUAAAGCGGUAGCGGGUGUUAUCCGGGUCGGUUCGAAGCAAUGGAAUCCGUAGGAAAAGUAAAGAAGGGUGCCGGAGGAAGAAAAGGUGGUGGCCCAAAGAAGAAGCCCGUUUCAAGGUCCCUCAAAGCUGGGCUUCAAUUCCCCGUCGGAAGAAUCGGGCGUUACUUGAAGAAGGGGAGGUAUUCGGAGCGGGUAGGAACCGGAGCUCCAGUUUACAUGGCUGCCGUUCUUGAGUACUUGGCUGCUGAGGUUCUGGAAUUGGCUGGAAAUGCAGCACGUGACAACAAGAAAAACAGGAUCAUUCCGAGGCACAUGCUACUGGCCGUGAGGAACGACGAAGAACUGGGGAAGCUUCUCGCCGGCGUCACCAUCGCUCACGGCGGCGUCUUACCAAAUAUCAAUUCUGUUCUUUUGCCAAAGAAGACUGAAAAGGACACCAAGGAACUCAAAUCUCCAUCAAUUUCAGGGCUUUCAUAUGAUACCAAUGAGACUGUUUUGAAGAAUGCUUUUGAAAAACAUGGUGAAAUCAUUGAAGUUAGGGUAAUCUGUCAUCAUGUGAGUGGGAAAUCGAGAGGGUAUGGAUUUGUGCGGUUCGCUUCUGAAGCUGCAGCCAUUGCUGCUCUCAAAGAAAUGGAUUCCCAGGUACUGGAUGGUAGAAAUAUUCGAGUUGAAUUUGCACACAAGGGAUAAUGUUUGAUGUUUCUCAUCACAGGUUUGAUCCCUUCAGUUUUAUUAGUUUUUUAUUUUCAUUUAAUCAACUUAGGAAAACUUGAUGUUAUCAUCGAAUGUCGUAUGUUUGAUCAGUAGUGAGUAACUUAGGGUUAUACCAAAUUUAUUUGAUGGAUGGUUUCAUUUGAUGCCCUAGACCUUUGUAGCACAUUCAAAUUGUUUAGAAAUUAAUGAAAUCUCCCGAAGUAGGAUUUGAACCUACAGCCAAACAAUUAAUGCUCGAAUAGGUGAACAUACUAACUGCAUCAUUAUGUUCUGAACCUAGUUUGCAUACUGAUUUAGCGGGGUGAGCAGCUCAAUCCUUGGAACUUACCCUAUAGUAAGGUGGUGAAGAGCCAAUAUCAAGGUGCUGAAUCUUUGAUAGAGAAUAAUCCGUUUCAAGGAAUAUCCAUAAGCAGGCCGAUAUGUAUAUAUAUAUAAACCAGUCUUCGAAGGGCUGGGGCAAUUAACUAUAGACAAUGUCUUGUUCUCUUUUAACCAAUUUUCGAUUCAGCUGCUUUCCAAACAAUUGCUUUUGUCUUUCAGAGGCACAUUGUUUGUUUGUUUUUGGAAAGAAACUGAGAACUUACGGGAUCACUGUAUAUGGGAAGUCAUUUCUCUGUUUUCGGGAUCAUUGUGAUUGAGUUUGUUGUUAGAGCACAAGUUACAUCUGACAGCUUAUGUGCCUAUCAUCAGAUGUUUAACCAAUCCAUCAUUGGGACCAUCAUACAAUUGUUUUGAUUAGGGUCUAGCCGUAUAGGCUUUCAUUUAGCAGAGACAUUUUCACACAGCUUGUGCGAGUCAACCUUGCAAUGGUAGGAAUUUGAGUUUUCAUCGUUACAUCGUUGUGAUCUUAAUGAAUUGUUUUGCUCUUCAUCAUCAUGUUAGCAACUGUUAUUUCUACUUUUACUUGGUGGCUGGCUGGGAAGCAGAUGAGGUUUAAUAUGUCUCUUUAUUUUGAUUA